AAUUAUAUACAAACACACCGCCACCGUACUAGUAAUCAAAAACAGGCGGGGGGGUUACGAUCAUCCCGUACAACCACCGUCACUUCUUCUUCUUUUUCUUCGUCGUCUUAUUUGCGAAUGUCGACCGAUUCCUCCACCGAUUCCGAUGAUUCCGCCGGCAAUCGCCGUCGCGUUACUGAUGUUUCCUCGAAAUGUAAAUUCUCUGAUGGCGAGAAAGUUCUCGCUUACCAUGGCCCUCGCAUUUAUGAAGCUAAGGUUCAAAAGUCUGAGAUCAAGAAGAAGGAGUGGAAAUAUUUCGUUCAUUACCUUGGUUGGAGUAAAACUUGGGAUGAAUGGGUAGGUGCUGACCGCCUGAUGAAAUACACUAAUGACAACAUCCAAAAACAAGCAGCUCUUGACAAGAAACAGGGCGUUGAGAAGAAUCCAAAGUCAGGACGCUCAAAUCAUAUGAAGCCGAAAAUAUCAAAUGAUAUAAAGGUGGAUAAGGAGGAUGUGAAGACUUAUGGGGCAAAAGGUAAGAAGCGGAAGAAUGAUUCAAGCAAUGAGAAGGAGAGUGCAUCUAUUCAAAAACCAGUGAACAUUGAUAUUCCAUCAAGUCUAAAGCAGCAACUUGUAGAUGAUUGGGUGUUUGUCAACGUGCAGGAUAAGCUUGUUAAUAUCCCGCGUUCCCCAAACAUUGAUGAUAUAUUGGCGAAGUAUCUCGAACAUAUGUCUAAGAAAGAUGGCAUGAUGACAGAUUCAGUUGGGGAGAUUUUGAACGGAUUAAGGUGCUACUUUGACCGGGCCUUGCCGGUUAUUCUUUUAUACGAUAAAGAACGACAACAAUAUCGUGAUAACGUGUCAGAUGAUGUUUCCCCUUCAAGCAUAUAUGGUGCAGAACAUCUAUUGCGCCUCUUUGUUAAAUUGCCUGAGUUAUUGCCGUAUGUGAACAUAGAAGAAGACCUGAUGAUACACUUGCAUAAAAAGUUUCUCGACUUUCUCAAGUUUUUGCUGAAGAAUCAAAGCUCUUUCUUUCUUUCUUCAUACGAGGACUCAAAAGCUUCUGAAACCUCAGUAGCAAGUGACAAAAUGAUUCCGGAAUAGAUACAUCACUACACCUUCAUUUACAAAUACAUACAAUCUUUGUGCCAAUUUUGUUGUGACUAUAGAUCAAAGUUUUCUUUAGCUAUGUGUUGUAGCAUUACAAAAAAGUAUUCUCAAAAUAUAGCAUAAUUUAACUUAAAAAUGCUUGGUGAAUAUGGUUGCGUUGGCUUGUUAUUCACUGGGCUUUCAAUAAUAUUAUUCCUAAUUUUCCA